AAUAAAUUUUCAUUAAGGGAACACGUCUUGGCCGACUUAUUUCUUGCAAUAUCAUCGAUCUUAAAGCCUUGAAAACAGACAGCUGGUUGUCAAAAUCUAAACAAUAAUAAAACCUGCAAAAUCUUCUUAGACAAAAACAUUUUUGGUGCUUUGUUACGUCUCAGUUCACAAGUUCAUUUUACUUCAUUCUGUUGUGUUUGUGAAGAAAAUUGAGAAGCAAAUUUUAACGUUAAACUAUUGUUUUAAAUAAAAUUGUUGGAAAGACAGAAGAACUAGGAUAAUUUUCGUGGAAAUAGGCUGCGAAAUCCUUGGCUUCAAAACAGUCGUAAAAGACGUUAUGUAGUCAACAAAAGCUCCAUUCAAAAACAACCUGUUUAUUUAGCGAUCUCGCGAUGUGUAAACCUGUUGUAUUUCUAUUGUGCCUUGGUUCUGUCGUCGCUCAAUCAAACAAUUUUAAUCCUCAACAACUGGCAGGAUUGCCAUCAUCAUGGACUAUGAAUCCAGUCAACAAUGGUCCGCCAGUUCCUGUACAACCCAGUCAACAAACAUGGUCAGUAUCACCUCAGGUAUACCAGGCCAGUACCAACGAAGCUUCUUAUCCAACGACAACAGAGUCUUAUCCAACGACCACAACAGAUUCUAACAUAUACAGUGACACAACAGACGUCCCAUACACCACAGAGGGCACAACAACUGAAUGGACGACAGAGGGACUACCUGACGAUGGCAGUCAAAAUGAAAAACCAACAGUUGAGACCAAUCAAGUCACAAAACCAAAUGACGUUCCAGGAAGCGAAAUAAAAGUCGCGUUACCAGGCAAUAAAUAUGAAAAGAUAUUGGUUAAUGAGAUAAAUAAAUAUCGGUUGAUGCACGGAGCUGCUCAGCUGAGAAUCAACGCUGACCUCGAUAAGAAAGCGAAGUUGUGGGCGCAGAAAAUGGCAGAAGAAGAUCAUGAAUCAGUGGAUGUAAACUCUCAGUAUGGUCAACUGACAUUCUCAGGAACAAGUGACUUGGCGCCAAAUGUGCCAGUUGCGGCUGCAAGACAUUGGUACAACAGAAUCAAGAAUUAUGCCUGGGAUAAACCAGCUGUUUCUACGAAAUCAACGCAGUUCACACAACUUGUGUGGGGAGCCUCGCAACAGAUUGGUGUUGGUAUUGCUCAGGAUAGAUCUGGUUUGAGAACUUACGUGGCGGCUCUCUUCAGUCCUAGAGGAAAUAACAAGAAAGAAAUUGUUGAAAAUGUUUUGCCAGUCACGGGAACUGGGGCUGGAAAACGAGGCGCAGAUUCCUGCCCUAAAGGCUGGCAUAGGUUUAAAAAGAGUUGUUACAGAUAUUUUAACAACAAUGUGAAAUGGACAGAGGCAGCAAAUUUAUGCGACGAUGAACACAGUUCACUGACGUCACUUGAGAGUGUUGAAGAAGAGAUCUCAGUACGAAGUAUGCUCGCCAAGGAUGAGGGAACAGAAGCCUGGAUCGGGCUUAGUGAUCGCGUACAUCCUGAUACCAAAGACCUGAUCUGGGUCGAUGGUAAUUCAAUGCCAUAUUCCAACUGGAAUUCCUACCAGGAUGACGUCAGCGAAGGGCGGAAAUGUGGAGCGUUGUCAAUAGCAACAGAGGGAUGGAUGUAUAAAGCUUGUCAAGAGAAAUUUGGAUUUAUUUGUAAGAAAAGAUUAAAAGAUAUCAUGACAUAUUUGGUCGUCUUAAGUUUUCCUGAGAAACUUUGGUCGGAUAACUUGAGACAGGAGACGAGUCCGCGGUACAACGCCAUGAAAAAACACCUGGACCAUGCAAUAAUGAAUCUCUAUGAUGACGAUGAUUGGUUUGUAGACAUGUUAUUUGAGGGUUUCAGUCAAACGGCGGAAGAUAAAGUGACAGCAGAGUUUAAGUUAAGAUUUUCACCAGAUGGAGAUGCUCCCUCGGACCCUCUCGAUAAAUUACGGACAAAACUCGAGUCAGACGGUCUCGUCCAAGGAGAGAAAAUCUUCCUAGAACAUGUCUCACUGCAAAAUGGUGAGUGAAAAUGAUCCGGAUUCAUGUCCUUCAAGUUGUUUGAAUACAAGAAGCUCCUGUUCAUCUCCUGAUUGUGCUGUUUAUUGCUGUAGAACUUUUCCAACAAAACAAAAAAACGCUAAACCACCUCAACAAGGUCAAACUGCUCCUCAGUUACGGAAUCAUCCUUUUUUGACAAAAAACCAUGAAGUCACACCACAAAAUGAUAUUUUAAGAAACGUAAAUUCACAUCAAAGUCAACCUAACUUAUUUCGUAAACCGAAUGACUUUACAGCGCAGGAUUACAGCUUUACAACAUCAAAUAGUUUCAUAAAUUCUGGAAAAGCUUUGAAUGGAAGAAUAACUUUUCUUCCCACUGAAAAUUCUUUACAGAGGCAUUUACCAGUUUAUGAAGAAUUACAGGAUGAGAUGGCAAGAUUUCAACAACAACAACAACAGCCCAGCAUGCAAAGACAACAACAACAACUAUAUACCAUCCAACCACAACAACAGCCCAGCAUCCAACAACAACAACAACUACGCCAAAUGCAGCUUCAAAAUAUGCAACCAGCGCAUCAACAACCUUUAAAACAACAGGGAAUACAACAACAGACUAAAAUGCGACGACUAAAGCAACAGCAAUUGCAAGCUAUGCAACAGCAAACACAACAGCGACAACUCUACCAACAGCUACAACUUUACCAGCAGCCAGAACGCUACCAACAGCCAGAACGCUACCAACAACAAGAACUCUACCAACAGCCAGAACGCGACAACCAACCACAACAAUAUCGACAACAAUCGAGGGGAAUAAGACAACAACA